UCACAGCCGGGGUGGGUCCCUCAGUCAAACCUCACCUAUCCUACCUGCAGUCUCCGUUCGGUAGUGAACUCGAUGUCCGGGCUAGGCUAGAGGAAGAUGGCGUGGGGCUACUGGAGCGCGACGACGGUGCAGGACCGCGGCAGGUCCCCGGCACGAAGACAGGCCACGACCCCCACACCCCAGCAGGUACCUGCCAGCAGUCCUGCCGCCCCCGGAGCCUCCAACAGCGGGGGCAGCAGCGGAUCCGUGGAGGACGACGACUACGCGCCGCCUCCUCUGCCCGUAUCGCGACGACCCUCCCUCGGCGACAUGGAGUUCGGCGGGCCCGGAGGCGCUCUGGCCCUCGUGUUGUGUGGCAACCCACCUCGACCCCCCGGCCUCAACUCACUGCCCCGUGGAGUCACCAUGGGCCCCGGUUCCACCACCACCAUCCUAAGGCACGAGUGUUUCCUCCACCAGUCCGCGGCCCUGGUCCAUCACCACCAGUGUCGCGUGCACGACCUGUCCGGCUCCGAGGAUGAUGAACCCGAGCCGGGAUACGCUUCAGUGUUCCCAAAUGUCCCGCCUGCUCCUGGUAUGCCUUGUCAAGGGGAGGACAGUAAGUUUUUGUUUAUUUGAUUUUGUGUUCAUAUUUGUUGUUUCAGUUAUCUUAUA